UUGCUUUGGACAGCGCCAGAAGUACUGAAAAGUCCGGCUAUGGAGGGUUCUAAAAGUGGCGAUAUCUACAGCUUUGCCAUCAUAGCAUCUGAGUUGCUUUGCUUAACCCCACCGUGGAAUAUUGAGAUCAUUUACAUGGUCGAGCAUGGCCUCAAGCCACCGCUACGCCCUGAUCUAAGCGCAAUCGUUCAUCAGGACAUAAAUCCUGCUAUGGUNGAAUUGAAAUGUUGCAUUCGGUCAAUGAUGAAAUUCUUGAGAACUCGGCAUGAAAUCAAUAAUGUUCAGGUACAUGUUGUUCGAGAUUGCUGGUCUGAAGACCCGGAGAAGAGACCAACCGCCACAAUGCUGAAAACACUCCUUCGAAAGAUGAAUCCUGGAAGAAAUCAUAAUCUGAUGGAUCACGUUUUCUCAAUUUUGGAAAGCUAUGCCGGGCGUCUAGAGGGUGAAGUGGAGGAGCGCACGAAAGAGUUGAUUGCGGAAAAGAAAAAAUCUGAUCUUCUCCUUUACCGAAUGUUGCCGAAGUAUGUUCUAUGA